CCUAACUGCAAAAGCAGCAUUCCCCUCACAAAUCUCGCGCGCACCACCGAUCUCCAGCGACCACCUCAACGCCGGCGAUGCCGUCCUCCUACGCCGCGGCCGCCGCAUCCUCUUCGCGGAAACCAGCUCCUUUCACUACUGCUACCGCCACCACCCGUAAACCAGCACCCUUACCUGCACCCGCGCCCCCGCCGUCGAACCCUAGCCACGUCUCCGAUUCUGACCCUUCCUCCUACUCCUCCUCCGGGGAAGAGACCGAUCUCAGCGCCUGCGACCCGGCGACUGCGUCCGUCCUCUCCACCUACCUCUCCGUCGCCGGAAAUGGCGCUGACCUCUCGAAAGUCGGCAUCUUCCUCAACUCCGCCGCGCGCCGCCGAUCACCGCCGUGCCUGAUCUGCUUGGACCCCAUCCGCCCCUCGGAUCCCGUCUGGUCCUGCUCCGCCUCAUGCUUCGCCCUUCUCCACCUCCCCUGCAUCCAGUCAUGGGCACACCAGUCAGCCUCCGCCGCUCCUGCCCCCACCUGGGGCUGCCCCAAGUGCCGCGUCGCCUACCCCAAAUCCCAGACCCCCACCUCCUACCACUGCUUCUGCUCCAAGACCGAAGACCCUCCCGCGGACCCCUGGAUCCUCCCCCACUCCUGCGGCGACGUCUGCGGCCGCCGCCUCAAUUCAAAUCCCGACUCCGGCUGUGAGCACACCUGCCUCCUGCUUUGCCACCCUGGACCAUGUCCUCCAUGCCCGGCUGUUGUUCCUAACGCUCGGUGCUUCUGCGGGGCGCACCGUGAGCCCCGGCGCUGUGCGCAUCAGCGUUAUUCUUGUAAGGGUAAAUGCAAUAAACGCCUUAGCUGUGAACUCCACCGUUGUCCGGUGGAUUGCCAUGAUGGGCCAUGCCCACCGUGUGCUGUGCGGGGGAAUCACAGAUGUGAGUGUGGAGAGACAAUGGUGGAGAGGUUGUGCUCUGAAAGAGUUUUCCAGUGCAAGAGGGAGUGUAGUGGGAUGCUGGAGUGUGGGAAGCAUAAGUGUGAGAGGGGAUGCCAUGGUGGGAAGUGCGGGGAAUGUCCGCUUCGUGGGCAGCGGACUUGCCCUUGUGGCAAGAAGGAUUAUCCAAGGUUGGAGUGUGAUGUGGAGGCCGCGACAUGUGGAUCGACUUGUGAGAAGGUGCUUGGGUGCGGACGGCACAAGUGCCCCGAGCGGUGCCAUCGUGGCCCGUGUGACGUGACCUGCCGGCUUGUGAUAAAAAAGUCCUGCCGCUGUGGUGUUCUGAAGAAGGAGCUGCCUUGCCACCAAGACUUGACCUGCGAAAGGAAAUGUCAGCGUUUACGUGCCUGUGGACGCCACGCUUGUAAGCGACGUUGUUGUGUUGGGGAUUGCCCACCCUGCGCAGAGACUUGUGACAGGAGGCUCAGAUGUGGAAACCAUAAGUGUCUCUCUCCAUGCCACAGAGGCGCUUGUUCACCUUGUCCAUUGAUGAAGACCAUCUCAUGCUUCUGUGGGAAAACAUACUUUGAGGUUCCUUGUGGGACCGAGAAGAAUCAGAAACCUCCCAAAUGCUCAAAAAGAUGCAAUAUAGAUCGUCUUUGCAGACACAAGCUUGAUUGCCGGCCCCAUAAAUGCCACUAUGGAGCCUGUCCACCUUGCAAACUGAUCUGCGGGGAAGAACUUUCUUGUGGCCACAAGUGUAAAGAAAGGUGUCAUGGCUCUAUUCCUCCACCGAACCCUGAGUUCACAGUUAAACCAAUGAAAAAGAAAAUGGAAAAGCAUAUAGAAUGUACACCUGGAACUCCAUGCCCACCAUGCCAAGAAGUAGUCUUGGUGCCAUGUUUUGGAGAGCAUCUAGGCCAAGAACGUGCAAUACCUUGCUCCAAAAGCAGGCAAUUUCCCUGUCAGAAUUUAUGUGGAAACCUUCUCCACUGUGGUAACCAUUAUUGCACAAAGGAUUGCCAUGUGUUAGAGAUUCCAUCGGAUCAACGUAAGGCUGAUACCAUAUUAUCUCUCAGUAGAAAGAACACUCUUGCUGAGCCUUGCGAAAGAUGCAAUCUUCCUUGUCAAAGGGCCAGGGAUCCUCCUUGUUCACACCCUUGCCCUUCACGGUGUCAUCUAAGCGACUGUCUACCUUGCAAAGCCCUUGUUAAAAGAUCAUGUCAUUGUGGUGCUAUGACACAUGCUUUCGAGUGUGUGUACUAUAACAACUUAAAUGCCAAGCAACAGCUGAAAGUAAGGUCCUGCGGUGGCCCGUGUCAUAGGAAACUACCAAAUUGCCCCCAUCUGUGCUCAGAAAUAUGUCACCCUGGUCAAUGCCCGUCAGUGGAUCAGUGCAUGAAAAAGGUUAAUGUACGUUGUGCAUGCAACACCCUGAAAAAAGAGUGGGUAUGUCAAGAUGUUCUCAAGGAGUACCGAAGGUCUGGCCGUGACCCAAAAGUAGCAAAAGGUCAGUUUGGAGUUGGCCUAAUUGCAUGCGGUGGAGAUUGUGUGAAAAAGGUCAAUGUUCCAGCUGCAGAGUUGCAUCAACGGAAAGUUCAGGAGAAUAAGAACCCUGCUGCAGAAGUCACAAACGUGCCCAAACGGAGGAAGAAGCGUGACCGCGGAGCACAGGAACCUGUUCAGGUUUCGAUGUGGCAGCAAAUGAAGCGGUAUCUCGUGGUGAUAAUUGCGUUAGCUGGAUUGGUGGUGCUGGGACUACUUAUUUGGAAAGGCGUCUACCAGAUUUCGGAUUGGAUGAACGAAAUGGAAGAGCAGAAGGCCAGGGAAAGGCUUCUGAGGGCUGGAAGGCUGUAAAAAGUACAGAACUAUAGAUUGACUCUUGUUGUGCCCCCAGUUAUCAGUUUUUGAGACGACCGUUUGACGCCGCAGUCCAGUUUUGGAGACAUUUAAGUGACGGUUGCCAUUUGUUCGCUCCCUCUUGUAUCAGAACGAAGAUGACUGUUGUAUUGUGUUUGAAUUAUGUUGUCGAGUUGCUGUAAAUGCACAAAUGAUGUCUGUCUAAUAUAUGGGUGGCUGAAAACACUUGGGAGUCCGCAAUUUUUUCAA